AUGAAAUCAUUUGUAUCGAAAUCAUCACUCACACAAAUCAUGAGACAUUCACGACCAACAUUAGUUAUCAGCGAUUGGGAUGAGACAAUAACCGAAGAAGAUACAAUUAAAUAUGUGGCUCAAGUACCUUAUAUAAAACAACGACAACAAAGAGUAUUACCACCAUUUGAGAAAUUUGUGGAAUCAUAUAAUCAGAAUUACACCAAUUUGAAAAACUCGUUUAAUUUUCCAAACACUACUACAACUAGUAUUGAAUGUUCCGAUUAUUUAUCUCAGCAAAUCAAAUUCCAAGAUGAACUAUCCACUGUCGAAAACCAAUCAAUUGAGCUCAUUGAACAAUCAAAGAUAUUCGAAGGUUUGACCAAAAAAGAUUUCCAGGAUUAUGUUAACAUAAACCAUAAUAAAAUAAAACUCCGACCUGGGUUUAGUCAGUUUGUCAAACGUUGUCAAAAUUUGAAUAUCCCAAUAAUUAUAGUUAGUGCUAAUUGGACAAGUAUUUUCAUCAAACAAUGUCUUGCUAAUCAUGGAUUGGCUGUUGAUGAUAUUAUCACUAAUGAGUUGAGUUUCCAUAGUGAUGAUGAAGAAGCAAAAACGAAAAUGACUACUACGGGAUUGUGGGAUAAAUCAAAAUAUACAAUUAGAACAUCACAAGAUAAAUUGGAUAUAGUGAAACAAAUACAAGAAGAAAAAGACGGCCUAAUCAUGUAUAUUGGUGAUAGUGGGACUGAUUUAUUACCAUUAUUAAAUGUUGAUUUCCCAUGUGCCAUUAAAGGCUCAAGAAUUGUUGAAAUAUUUGAUAAAUCUGGUCUACGAGAUAAUUUAAACGUUGGUACCUGGCACGAUUUUAUAAACAUCAUUAAAGAAUAA